CUGAAGAACGCAGUUCAAUCGUCAACGUUGCGCGAUUGGUGGUGAGAUUGAGAGAUCUGAGAGAUAGCGAUCAAUUGAUAGAUAGAUAGACCCUGAAGUGAAGUCCGAGUUCCCGAUAGACUUGAUUUGAUGGCUACCAAAGUGUAUAUUGUGUAUUACUCCAUGUAUGGACAUGUCGAGAAACUGGCAGAGAAAAUAAAGGAAGGUGCUGAAUCUGUGGAAGGAGUUGAAGCCAGCUUGUGGCAGGUUGCUGAAAUACUUUCAGAGGAGGUUCUAUCAAAGAUGAGUGCACCUCCAAAGAGUGAUGUACCAAUCAUCGCCCCAGCUGAUCUUGCUGAAGCUGAUGGUUUCAUCUUCGGUUUCCCAACAAGAUUUGGUAUGAUGGCUUCACAGUUUAAAGCAUUUCUUGAUGGAACUGGUGGAUUAUGGAGAACUCAGCAGCUUGCAGGCAAACCUGCCGGAAUCUUCUAUAGCACUGGCUCUCAAGGCGGAGGACAAGAGACAACCCCGUUGACUGCAAUUACUCAACUGGUUCAUCACGGAAUGAUCUUCGUGCCAAUUGGGUACACUUUCGGGGCUGGUAUGUUUGAGCUUGAACAAGUGAAAGGAGGUAGCCCUUAUGGUGCAGGGACAUUUGCUGGAGAUGGGUCGAGGCAGCCAACUAAACUCGAGCUGGAUCAGGCUUUCCAUCAGGGGAAAUACAUUGCAACCAUCACCAAGAAACUUAAAGGAGCUCCUGCUUAAACUAAACAGUUUAUCAUUUUUAUAAUCUGGUAUUCUAUUCAAUAAGUCCAUUGAUAUUAGCACAUUUUACUGGCUUUAUGUUUGAAUUGUCUGUCAUUUGAAGAUGUUUUUUCUUUUAUUCCUAAAAGUAUAAUAUGGUGAUUUUCAGAUUUGGGUAUUUGGAUUUUGUGAGAAAAUAAUGGUAUUGAAUAUAUGAUAGUUGUUAUUUGGUCUUUAUAA